UGACUCUGAGCAACCCAAUAGAAAAAGUGGCCUAUCUUAUAAUAUUCCAUAUUCUCUUUGUGCUCUUUGUGUGGACAUACUGGAAGUCUAUUUUUACUCUCCCGGUGCAGCCAGGUAAAAAGUACCACAUGUCCUACGCUGACCAGGAGCGUUACGAAAACGAGGAACGGCCGGAGGUGCAGAGGCAGAUCCUGGCUGAGAUCGCGAGGAAGCUGCCGGUGUACACGCGGACGGGGAGCGGAGGUAUUCGGUUCUGUGAUCGGUGCCAGCUGAUAAAGCCUGAUCGUUGUCACCACUGUACUGUUUGUGCCAUAUGUGUCCUAAAAAUGGAUCAUCACUGUCCAUG